AUGGCUCCAGUGGAUGCACUUCGCCAGGAUCAUAUUCUUGACCUUGCCGUGAAAGCUAUCCAGCCCGCGGGCGAUGGACAGCCGAGUCUUAAGACACCAUAUGAGGCUGUGGCUCUGAUUGGCCAUGCAUGCAUGGUUGCAGUAGACUUCAGACUGGUCGGUCUCAGCGAAGACCAUAACUUAGAAGCAUCCACAGAUACACCAUCCCUCCCCGCAGAAUGGAACACUAACGAUACAUUUGCCUUUCGGUACGCACACUCGCAGUCUUCGAUGCAGUAUCUACUCAAAGUGAGUCGGUUGGGAAAUAAUGCAGUGAUUUUUGCACUGGCGUUGGGCGAUGACCGGACCAGCUCGUUUGACAUCCCCACCAAAGACUACAUCUCCGCCACUGCGCUCCCUCUCUCGUCCUCGGAGAAUAUAACCGCAUCCCUGCGAGAUGUUUUCAUCUCGCCAGCCCGACUAGGCGAUUUGGUUGGUCUAUUUAAGAUAAACGUCAUCCAGAAGCUUGCGCCCGGUUUGUACAAGGAGGGGUAUGAAGAUCCAAGCCAACCGCCCAGAGCAAGGCUACAGGAAGAAAGACAACCGGAUAUCCUCCAGGACGGUUCCCUUCCCCAGCCUGCCCGUCCACGCCCAUUCGAUGACCCCCUAGCGGCUGCUCCCCGCCGCUCCAACCCACCAGACUUUGCCCCACCCGGGUUUGAAGAUGAACUUGACAUCAAUCGGCCCCCACGGGGAUAUCCAGGAGGUUAUCCAGGGGCGCUUGGAGGCCGAAGCCCGUACAAUAUUGGGGAACGAGACCUCUACCCAGCAGGACUUGGUCCCCAUGAUCCUCUGCGUGGGUCUAUGGGCCCUGGCUUUGGUCCAGGUGGCGGGGGUAUGCAUCCUACCUUUGAUGACCCUCUCUUCGGUGGACGUGGAGCUGGUAAUGGUGGAUAUGACCCCCGUGCACCUCCUGGCGCAAGAUAUGACCCUGUAGGACCUGGUGAGCCACCUGUCGGUCGUAAUCGGGGACCCUAUGGUAAUAAUGGACGAGGUGGGGGUGGUUUUGGUGGCUUUGGUGGUGGCUUCGGCGGAGAUAUUAUCUAA